AUGAUCUCCUCCGCAUCCAAUGGCGGCACACAGGUAGCCAUGUCUACAUUUGCCCGUACAGCUUUCGGCCACGCUUCGUACGCGUCCUUCCGCCCGACCUACUCGCCCUCCCUCUUCCGCACCAUCCUCGCAUAUCACAAUGAGCGAGGCGGCCAUGGCACCGCGCUGGACAUGGGCUGCGGUCACGGCAUCAUGGCACGCGAGCUCGCGCCGCACUUUGACACGGUGCACGCGAUAGACCCUGCGGCGGGCAUGGUGGAGCAGGCUCGCACGCUCUUGAACAGCAUCCUAAACAUACACGUCCGCCAGGCGGGCUCCGAGGACCUGUCCUUCCUGCCGGACGACAGCGUCGACCUCGUCGUGGCGGGCCAAGCGGCGCACUGGUUCGACUUCGGCCGGGCCUGGCCGGAGCUGGCGCGCGUGGUGCGCAGCGGCGGCUCGCUCGCCUUCGCCGGGUACAAGGACCACGUGCUGGUGGGCCACCCGGAGGCGAGCGAGGCGUUCCGGGCCUUCUCGUACGGCGAGGGCGAGGUGGCGCCCGGGAUCGAGGGUAUGGGCCGCUUCUGGGAGUUCCCCGGGCGCGGCAUCCUGCGGGACUCGUACGCGGCGAUCCAGCCGCCGGCGUCCGAGUGGGAGGGCGUGCGCAGGCUCGCGUGGGACCCGGACGCCGGGGCGGCGGCGGCGGCGGGCGUCGAGGGCGUGCCGCAGGAGGUGCUCUGGCAGCGGCAUGCGAUGACGCUGGGCCAGCUGGAGGGCUACGUGCGGACGUACAGCGCGUACAGCAACUGGCGGGAGGCGCACCCUCAGCGCAGGCGCAGGGCCGAGGGAGGCGAGGGCGACGUCGUGGACGCCAUGUUCGACGCGGUCGUCGACGCGGUGCCGGCGUGGAGGGUCCGGGGAGAGGCGUGGAGGGAUGUCGAGGUGGACGCGGUCUGGGGCUCGGUGAUCUUGCUGGCGCGGCGGCGAUGA